UUCAGUAUCUGCUCCUGGCUGCUGGGACACCGGGCAAGAAGCCUGGGCAGGGAAAGCUUUAGCCACUCAAAGCCCAUGUCCUUUCUUCAUUACACUCCUGUCUGGGGUGUGUGCUUUAACGACUAUCAGUUUUAUUUACUAGGUUAAAGCGGAUCAGGGUCGUGUAGUAUUGGAAAAGGGGUUUCCAAUAUGCUAUUCUGCCUCUGAAGAGAUCCUCUGUUUCCUGUAUUUGCUGCACUGGAAGACCAAGACAUUCGGCUAACACCUAUUUGAUACUCUUUCCCCCUAGGAAGACCACAAGCUCAAGAUUCUGGACCCAUUGUGGGGGCACAUUGAUCUUUAAGGGAUGGGCCUUUCUGCAGCCUGGUUCAGCACAGGACUGGCACUACUCAAAGUGCAGGCAGGAGGAUAGGGCCGUGUCAUCAGGACAGUGCUACACCUCAGACUUCUUCUAUGGAAUAUUCCCGUCUACCUCAGAAUGUGCUAAUUUGCUUGAUUGGAGUUGACUUGGAAGCUGACUUUGAGAAUGAACGGUGAUGUUCUCUAGCCACCCCUAACACUAUCUGGUGGCUCUUUCAUUAACAGUUCUUUUUCAAUGUGCCACAGCUGGCCGAACCCUUGGAUCUUCUGCAAAUACACUGACAGUAACUGACAGUCAGAUAUGACUGUCCAGAAACUGGUGGCCACGGCUGUAUUAGUGGCCCUAGUUUCACUAAUUCUCAAUAAUGCAGCGGCCUUUACUCCCAACUGGGUGUACCAGACCCUAGAAGAUGGGCGCAAGCGAAGUGUGGGACUGUGGAAGAUAUGCUGGCUGGCAGAUAAGGGAAAAGGAGGGGCAGGCAGUGGAACCCGAAAUGGACAAGGGGAAGAUCGAGAGUGUGAAGCUUUGAGCUGGGGGUCAGAUUCAGCAGGAUUCCAGGAAUCUCGAAGUACCGUCAAAUUGCAGUUUGAUAUGAUGCGGGCCUGUAACCUGAUCGCUACUGUUGCCCUCACUGCAGGACAGCUCAUCUUUGUCAUGGGGCUGAUGGACUUGCCCAUCAUUUCACAGGACACCCAAUGGUGGGAGGAAGCCAUUGCUGCUGUAUUCCAACUUGCAAGCUUUGUUUUGGUCAUUGGCCUAGUGACUUUUUACCGAAUCGGUCCCUACACCAACCUGUCCUGGUCUUGCUACCUGAACAUUGGAGCUUGUCUUUUGGCCACCCUAGCAGCUGCCAUCCUUAUCUGGAAUAUUCUUCACAGGAGAGAUGACUGUAUGGCACCUCGUGUUAUUGUUAUCAGUCGUACCUUAACUGCUCGAUUUCGUCGCGGGCUAGAAAAUGAUUAUGUGGAAUCACCAUGCUGAAAGCCAGCAGAGGGAGUGACUAUGACAUCUAUCAGGCUAUUGUCUAUGUACUCAUAUGAUAAUUUAAUACGGUAGAAAUUGAUGGACAUUUACAAGGUCAUUUUCAUAACUUGUGAAGUGGCUUUCGAUUAUUAAUUUUAUGGGUUACAUCUAUAUACAUAUGUAUGAUACACAUAAAUAAUAUGUAUAUUAUAUAUAAAUAGAUUAUAUGCCCCUUACCCCUACUUUUGUACAGUGAUAAAAUUUUACUAUGUCACAUAAUUUCACAAGCAUGCAUUUUUCAAGUGUAGCAGCAAGCCAAAAUUUGUGAUAUAAGUAAAGAAAUAUGCAAAGUGAAACCACUUUAUUCUCCAUCUUAGUUUUUAGAUUAAUUUAUUCUGACAGAGGCCAUACCUCAGUCCUGGUAAGGCCUCAACUUUGGGAAUGCUGAGCACCCAAGAAAGACUUAGAAAAUGUCAGAGAAAUACAUUAAGCGUAGCUGCAUUUAUAAUCAAAUGGUUAAGGUUUUUUUUAAAGAACCUUGUCAUUGGCUUAUAUUAUGCCCCAAUUAUUUUUCUAAGUUAAAAUAAAAGAUGAUCAUACUGAAAUGUCUUUUUAAAGUUUAAUUUUCUCUAUAAAAUUAUAUGGGUAAAAAGAACUGAGUUUGUAUUAUUUUGUCAUUUUUGUGGGCCCAUUAUAGAAGGGUCAAAAUAAUGUUCUGGAAAGCUAAAUGGAAACGUGUGGGUGAUAUCUACUUCUUUACAUUUUCUAUACAAAUGAGUUUUCAAAGCAUGGUUUCUGCAAAGAAUAUGAAAAUUGAGUUCCUCUUUGAUGAUAUGUUUUGGUGUCUAAAGGUUAAGGGGGAAAAUUAUCCUAUUUUGCUUUUAAAAAAUUUUGAAACAUCAAAAAAUCCCAAUUAACUAUAUUUUAUAACUAUUUAUAUUUGUAUAUAUACAUUUAAAAUUAUGAGUUAGCUCCAAUGUUUAGGUAGCCAUAACAAUCCAAUAGUGAUACUAUAAAUAAAUAAUGGCAAUCACUUUUUCCGAAAUAUUUUAGUCUAUUCACCAACUUAUUUUUGAAUAGGUACAAGAAACCUUAAUACUACAUGUCAACAUAAUGAUCAAGAAAACCAACUUGCUAAAUAUAUGAAGGUGUGAAACCUAGUAUUAUUUCUGUUAUGAGUAAAUAAAAGACUUCUGAAAUUUGAGCCUCCAUUAUUCCAAAUUGGCAUAGGGUCUAAAAUCACUACAUGAACCUUCCCAUUUAACUGGAAUAAAAUAUGUCUUGCAGAAAUUUCUCUCAAGGCUACUUAACAUAGGAUCUUCUUUUUGGUUCUACUGUUGAAAAGAAAUGAACAAGCAGGAUCUCAUAUUUUAGUCUACACUAGAAUUUUUUAUUUAAAAAAAAUACAAUUCAUCUACCUUUUUAAACCACUGAUACCUUAGAAAAACAUAUAUCAAUAAAUAUUUACCAGUCACCUGUUAUGUCCCUACCACACAAAUGGGUACACCAGAGCAUAUGAUUAUUUUCACAGCUUCCCAUCAGGACCUGAAUAAACACUUAUAGGUCUUGUCAUACUUCUGCUGGACUUAUAUUCCAGAAAACUUUUUGUUUUAAUUAAAGAUUAUGCACUAAAAUAGUUGCAAUGAAAAAAUAGAAUAUUUAAGACAUUAUACCAUUUUUGUUAAUAUUAUUGUAUAUGAGCUAUUAUAAUGAACAUUAAAGUUAAAAAUUAGCUAUGUGGUUAGAAACAAUCUAAUAUCACUGUGUUUACAUUAAAUGAAUAAAGUAUCAAAAGGUGGGACAACAUUA